GCGGCCCUGGAUCUGUCAGCCCCGGCCAGCUCGCUACUGGUGAAGAACAGGAAGAAUGCCUGGAUACAACUGGCGGGCCACCCGGGAGCUUUCGCCCCCGCCGGCCCCAACACCAUCUGGAAGAAGCGGAUCGUCAAGGAGAACUACGAGACCUUGGCCUACCAGGCUCUGAGCGAGUUCCCGCGCUGCCGGGAUAUCAUGCCAGCCUUCUACAGGGAGGUGGAGUUCAACGGGGAGUGUGUCCUACUUCAUCGAGAACUUCACCCGCGGCCACUCUUCCACCAUCCCCACCCUCCACGCUCGCCUCUGUGAUAUACGGCAGAAGUUCGAAUCCAUUCCGUUCUUCAGGUCCCACGAGAUCAUCGGGAGCAGUCUUCUCAUCAUGUACGACAGCUCCAACCACGCCAGCGCCUGGAUGAUCGACUUUGCUAAAACUAUACCGGUACCUGACGUCACGCUCAACCACAGGUCUCCGUGGAAGUUGGAGAAUCAUGAAGACGGAUACUUGUACGGGCUGGACCAUCUUAUUGAGAUUUUUGGUGGUCUGGCAGACAAGGAGAAGAAAGCACAGUCACAGAAUGAGAAAAACGACGUGGACUCGAGAGACCCCAGUUGACUUUUUGAAACAACCGGUGUCAGCACCAUGGAGUGACAGAUGAGACGGGAGAGAGAGAGAGAGAGAGAGAGAGAGAGAGAGAGAGAGAGAGAGAGAGAGAGAGAGAGAGAGAGAGAGAGAGAGAGAGAGAGAGAGAGAGAGAGAGA